AUGGCUCCCCAAGACGCCGACGGCCAGGAACCGGGUAAGAAUGGCAUCGUCACCUCCUCACUAGCUGACGAGGGCAUCGCUACGGCCGCCCCGGACAUCGUCGAGUACGACACCAAGUGCGUUGAGCGGGUGUACCGCAAGCUUGACUGGCGCAUUAUCCCGCCGUUCUGGGUCCUCUACUUCCUCUGCUCGGCCAUCCGCUCCAACAUUGGCAUCGCCCAGACCAUGAACGCGGCCCAGGGCCACGACCUGAUGAAGGUGCUGCACCUGUCGUCCAAGGACGUCUCCACCGCGCUUGCGCUCUUCUACGUCUCGUACGUCGUCUUCGACUUUCCCUCCAACCUGAUCAUGACCCGCCUCAGCCCCCGCGUGUGGAUGGCCCGCAUUGUCUUCGCCGUCGGCGUUAUCGGCGUCUGCUUCACGGCCGUCCAGGCCGCCUGGAGUCUCAAGCUGCUGCGGUUCCUGCUCGGCGUCGUCAUUGCCGGCAUGUGGCCCGGCAUGGCAUACUACCUGACGCUCUUCUACCCGCCCUCGCGCCUGGCCAAGCGCAUUGGCUACUACUUCACGGCGGCCCAGUUGUCGGCGUCCGUGGUCGGCCUCGUGUCGGCCGGCUUCCAAAAGAUGGACGGCCUGGGCGGCCUGGUUGGUUUCCAGUGGAUGUUUUUGGUGUACGGCCUCCUGGCUGUCGUUCUCGGCGUUGCUCUGCUCUGGUGGCUGCCCGACCGUCCGCUGCCGCCGGGCACCGCGCGCCGGCCCCCGCAUCCCCUGUUGUCCUGGGUGCCGCGGUCGCCCGAGGCUCUGAGGGGGGAGGAUGCGCUGGUCCACUACCACGAAAUGCGCCGUGUCUACCACCCGCGCCCGUGGACGGUGCGGGACCUGCUGCAUGUGCUGAUUGACUGGCGCCUGUGGCCGCUGGUGCUCAUGUACUUUGGCGUGGUCGGCGUCGGCAUUGGCACGCAGCUCUACGGCUCCGUGAUUAUCAGCGCCAUCAACCCCCACUUUAGCAGCAUUGUCGUCAGCCUGCUGUUUGCGCCCAUCUGGAUCAUGGACCUGGUUGCCAUCCUGCUGGUCACGCCCAUCUCGGACCGUUUCCACCGGUACCGCGCCGCCUUCUUUUCGGCCGCCGUGUGCAUCCAGAUCGUCGGCCUCCUCGUCGUGUCGUUUGCGCCCGGGUCCAAUCCCUGGGCGCGCUACGGCGGCAUGCUGAUGCUGGGCUUCGGUCUGGGACCCACGGUGCCCAUCUGCAUGACGUGGACGGGCGAGAUCUUCCAGCACCGCCACGGCGAGGUCGGCGUGGCCGCGGCCUCGGCGCUUGUGUCCGGCCUCGGCAACCUGGGCAGCAUCACGACGACGUACGCGCUGUACACGGGCUGGCCGGCCGAUGCGUCGCCCAAGAACCCGCACCAGUUCCGCAAGAGCAACCUCGUCAUGAUUGCUAUUCUGGUGGUCAGCAUUGCGAGCAGCUUCAUCAACGUCGUGCUGUUGCGCCUGUUUGGCAACAAGCGCCGCACCCCGACGAAGGCGGCCGACGACUCCAACGACGACGAGGUCCUGGACGGUGCUGCCCGUCGCGAGGCUGUGCAGCGCGGCUUUACGCGGAUACUGCCGGUUGGCGGCAACUAG